AUGUCGCAAUCCCCGCCAUUGAUGAGAUUCGCGAGUCCCAAUGAACGCCGCACAAUUAGUCGCGAGGACCUCGGCUUUUACAAUGCCCUCAUUGUAGGAGCAGUGUACGAGGUUGCGAGUUCGGAGAUAGACCUACAGUUGCCAGAGGCAUUCAUUGCUCCUCUGAAAGCCUGUAUCUUCAAGUACCCCUUCUUGUCUGUCAUCGUCAAGAAUAAGCAUACCGAAAAGCCGGCCUAUCAUGAGGUCCCCACCCUAGAUCUUCAGGAACAUAUCUCCAUCAUCCAGAAUGAUAAUCUUGACAGUGACGACACCACAAACUUUGAAAGAGUCUUACCUCAAAUCCUCGACCGCCCAUGGCCUGCUGAUAUACCCCCCUGGAGGAUUGUCAUUCUGCCUCUAGCAUCAACUGUAAAAUCUACAGCAAGUCGCUGCUUGAUCAUAUUCUCCUUCUCCCACACGAUUGGGGACGGGAUGGUCGGUGUUGCCUUUCACCGUACAUUCCUGGAAGCUUGGCGACAAAACGUUGGUUCCGAUGGAGAACAGUCUUGCCUAGUCAGCCUAUCUGGCCGAACUCUUCCAGCACCCUUCGACACGCCCGAAAGACUUACCAUCUCAUGGAAGUUCCUCCUUGGACCUUUGAUAGCAGUUUAUCUGCCAAACUUCCUUGCUGAGAUGCUAGGACUUCACGCUCAUGCUAGCACGGUUGACGCUGGCACUUGGACUGGAUCGCGUGCCUUUUUCGACCCCGCCGUCACCAACCCCAGUAGAGUCAAAAUGCUUGAAAUCGAGACUCCGCUGUUACAAAACUCUUUACAGAUCUCUAGAAAGCAUGACACCAAAUUUACCGCAACAUUUCACCAGAUGAUCGUCCGAGCAUUGAGUAAGGCCAUUUCUAAUCCCAGUGUCACCAAUUUUGUAUCUGGGACGGCUGUUGAUAUGCGGCGAUCGAUUGGCCUGGCAAGCCUUUCAUGGGGUCUCUAUGUAUCUGGUCAUUACGACGUUCAUAAACGCCCCGGUAAUGUUGAGUCUUCUGCAGUGCUCGAUGAAAUGUGGACACAUGCUAGCUCGAUGACAAAGAAACUUGCUGAAUGCUCGACGAGGCUGCAUGACCAAGCUAUUGGGCUGCUCAGAUACGCCCCCAGUAUUCGGAAUUGGACAUUGGGUAAAUUGGGAGGAGAGCGAGAUUGCUCGUACGAAGUCAGCAAUUUGCUUGCUUUUGAUGACGCACGCAGUGAGAAGGACCAGAAUUAUAACAUCAGUAAGAUGAUCUUCUCCCAGCCGGCCAAUGUCCCCAGUGCGCCCCUUGUGUUCAAUCUCAUCAGUGUCAAGGGCGGUAGCUUGAUCUGCACUGUAAGCUGGCAGUCUGGGGCUUUGGGCGUGCCAACGGAGGAGGAGAUGCCGUUUGUUGACGGAAUAUGCUCAUCGAUUCGAGCAGAUUUUGAGUCGCUACAGGAUUAA